AUGGCUUCUGCACAAGCGGAAUCUGCCACCUCGGCUCCGACCAAGACCCCUGCACAGUUGAUGCAGGAACAGCACGAAGCUGCCGAGGCUCACCGUGUCACCGUCGAAGACGUCGUGGACGAGGAGGACAUUCAACACCCUCCUCCGCCUCAUCACACUGAAGAGGAUGUUAAUGGAAACGGUGGUCCUUUGUCUGCCAAAGCUGCGGGCAAGCAAAAGGCAUCUGACAAACCCUCGGCUCUCGAUACUCAAUCUGAGGAGGCGUUCCCUGCUCUAGGUCCUGCAUCCAAGCCUUCUCGUGCUCCUGGUUGGGUGGCCAGUGCAUCUGCCAAAGCUGCUCCGACAAAUGGCUCCCCUGCCUUGGGCUCUCGACCGACCUCCUCCGGCGUUCCGACGCCUUCCUCGACCCCAGGUGCUCGAACCCCCAACACCGCUGCGCCAGGAGUCCACGGAAAUGUCUUGCUUCCUGGCCGCUUCCGUGAUUCCUUUGAGAUCGACAACGCCGAUCUGGACAAGAACAAAUCGGUGAAGAGAGUCUUGGAUGAUGUGAAGAAGAAGUACAAUGUCAUUGUCACACCCAAGUCGACGAGGUUCGCCAAAGGCACAGAAUUUGUGGCCGAAGGUCCCAAAGCCCGCGUCACCGAGGCUCUCAUGCACAUCUCCAAAGAGCUCACUGUGGAGAAACAGGUCAAGCUCGAGAUCCCUUCGACGGUCUCUGCUCAGAUCAUCGGCAAGGCUGGUGCCAACAUCAAGAAGUUGGAGAGUCAGUUCAACGUCAGAGUUCGUAUUGAGAGAGAUGCACGACCUGUCGUCAAUCCAGAAGACGUAAAGACGGAUGUGGUCGAGAUCCGUGGUCACGCCGCUCAGGUUCGCCAAGUCUACGAGCAAAUCUCCAACCAAGUCAAGGCCUUGCAACCAAAGGUCGACCUACCCAUUCGCGGGAUCGCACCAGAACUCUUCCCGUUCAUCGCGGGUCUCCAUGCCGAGCGAAUCCAGCAGCUCGAACAAGAUCGUGAUCUCCGGAUCAAUGUACCACAGUACCACACUUGGGACCACCAGCCGCCUCAGCGUGCCGAGGCCAACCAGUCGCUUCUCUUUUCUCCACACGGAGACUCGCACAUCGUGGUUUCUGGUGAGCAAGCUGCCGUCUUGGAGGCUCGGGUGUUGCUCGAGAAGUUGGCCGAAGAACUUCAGAAAGAAUUGUUGCUGGAAGAGCUGGCCGCUGAGCAAAUUCUCCACCCCUACAUUGUGGGAGACCGUGGCAUGGAUCCUUUGAAAUUCUUGGAAGAAACCGGCUGUGCUGUCAUUCUACCCCCUUCGCAUCACGAGACCGAGGACAUCCACAUCAUCGGCCCCAAGGACAAGCUCACCGCAGGUCGGAAUCUCGCCGAAGAACUCAUGUCACGAAAGCACAACAGAGCGGUGGAUUUGCACAAACAUUUUGGUGACGCACCACAAGGGCCUGAACGUCAUUCAAGGGCGCUGGCGCAAUACCUCCAGCAAAAGGCCAUUGAACGGGAAUUCCUCAAGUCCCACAACGCCGAAAUCAUUUUCCCCUCCGCACCCAACGCCUCUGUCAGUUGGAACCUCAUCAGCAACGACCCACAGAAAGCUCUGUCCGCCCGAAACGAACUCUCGAAGAUCACACAAGCAUACCCCACUCCUCGACUACAAUUGGUCGAAGUUGACCCCUUCUUCCAUCCUCACCUUGAGCAGAUGCACUCCGAGACCCUCAGAACCAAGCUGGGCGUUCAUCUGAUCGUGCCGGAGGAUGGCUCCGACCCCGUGGUUCUCGUCUAUGAAGGACCCGCACAAGAAGGCCCAUUUGUCAUUCCACGCACCAAGCCGACAAAGAAUGAUCUCACUACUUUCGAGAAGGCCCUUCAAGAAGCACAGACACAGCUCUUGAGCAGCAUCCCUCACCAGGGAAUUUCGGUCCAGGACAUCAAUGUGCCCAAGAAGUUUCAGGAUAAGGUAAGGCGAUUCGUCAACAACGAGCCCAAAGCCGCUGCCCCUCAGACCUUCCCUGUCCAAGUAGACUUCGGUACCAGACAUGGACCCAAAGUCAACGGAGCUUCUCGCGGAUCUCCGUCCGAAAAGGUGUACUUGCGGGGUCCGAGCGAGUCAGACAUCGCCGCGCUACGUUUGAAGAUCGAAGAGUUCCUCCAAGAGGCUGAACAGGACGAGAAGGAGCGCGGCUACACCACCACGCUGCCCUUCCCCGCACAAUUCAACAAGAACCUGAUCGGCAAACAAGGUGCCAACAUCAAAGCUCUGCGAGAAAAGCAUGAUGUCGAGAUCAACACCCAAGAGAAUGGCAAGAUCACGAUCCAAGGACCACAGAAGAAGGCCGAGGCAUGCAAGGCAGAAAUUCAACGCCUGGCUAAACAGUGGGAGGAUGAAGUCAACUUCACCAUCAAGAUCGAUCCCAAGUAUCACGGUAUGCUGGUCGGCAAGAGCGGGGAGAAUCUACAGAAGAUCCAGAGCAAGGUGGACAACACCGUAAGAAUCGAUUUCCCAAAGUCUUCUCGCUUCAGUGACGAUGCCUCUGUCGGCGACAAUGCCAGCGAGGCCGGUGGCAAUCGCGGAAACCAAGGUCAAGACGAGAUUCGCAUUCGUGGUCCGCGAGCCAAGGCCGAGAAGGUCCGUGAUGAGCUCUUGAGCUUGCACCAGUAUUUGGUGGAUAACUCACACAUCGCGACCGUGUCGGUGGCUCAAACUCAAGUGGCGUCCCUCAUUGGCAAGCGUGGUCAAGAAAUGGAGAAGCUCCGCGCGGACACUGGAGCCCAAAUCGACAUCCCUAAGCCGGAUGGCUCAGAUCGAGUGACCAUCCAGAUCAAGGGCACCAAACAACAAGUCGACAAGGCGAGACAGGAGCUGCAAAAGCGAUCUAAGGCAUUUGAUGACAUUGAAACCCGAACUUUGGAUGUGGACAGAAAAUACCACCGUGCCUUGAUAGGUGCAGGAGGGUCCAACAUCCAAAGCAUUGUGGCCAAAGCUGGAGGCACUGGUACCAGUGCUGAGCACGUGCGAUUCCCUCGACAGGGCGAAGAGUCGGACACUCUCACUGUCAAGGGUACCACUGCUGUUGUCAACGGCAUUGUCUCUGCAAUCCAGUCUUUCGUUGAUGAACGAGACAACCAGGUUACCGAGACCAUCGAUGUACCCGUGACUCAACAUCGGGAGCUCAUCGGCGCAAACGGUGCGAUUCGUAAGCAGAUCGAAGAUGACUUUUCGGUCUCGCUCAAUGUACCUCGCCAGGGAAGUGGUCAGACUGGUGUCAAGAUUGCGGGCCGACCAGAGAAUGUUGCCAAAGCGAAGGCGCACAUUGAUACCAUCACGGCGAAACAGCCUGGUGAGACGAUCCAGAUCCCACGAUCACUACAUCACAUCAUUGGCAAGAAUGGAGCAUUGUUCCGCGAGCUUUCAAGAGAUGGCAUCCGGAUUGACCACAACGGCCAAAAGCCACCCCCAAAGCCCAAGGACGGUGGCCGACCAGCUCGUGCGAGAAACACCAAUGGUGACAUGCCCUUGAUCACCGAUCAAGACCAAGAUGGAGAGUUGCAACACUCUUGGGACAUUGUCUCCAAUCAGGAUGGAUUGAGUUCUGACAGUGGCGAGAUCCCCUGGGUCAUCUAUGGCGGCAAGGAUGCUUCAGCAGAUGCGGUGACCAAGGCCAAACAGAAGAUCGAGACACUACUCGAAAAGGCCCGAGAACCACAGCAUACUGGGUAUCUCAUUCUCUCCGAUCCACGUCUUCACCGACACAUCAUUGGCCAAGGAGGCUCCACCAUCAACUCCAUUCGCAAGGCCUCUGGUUGUGACAUUCAAGUGCCCAACAAGAACAAGGGUGAGGAAGAUGAAGCGAUCACCAUUGUGGGUGAGCGAAGCGGCGUCCUUUCUGCGAAGGAAUUGAUCCUGGAAGAAGUGACCCGAGCACAACAAAGUGGUCGGAAUUCUAGCGCGGGUCGUGCAUAG